CAUGACGUCACAUUCAAGUGUUAUCGGCCAUCUUGAAGUGUAUUUUGCUUCUAGGUACAGAUAAAUUAAUUUCAUAUGCAAUUUGUAUGGUGUGAAGUUAGUUAUAUGUUCUGUGCAUUUCAUAAAUAGUGAUAUUUGUUAAAAUAUAUUUAAGUAGUCCAACGCAAUGGAAGAAAAGGCUUCCUUGAAGGAAUUAGAUCAGUGGAUAGAACAGUUGAAUGAAUGCAAACAACUGACAGAAAGCCAAGUAAAGACAUUAUGCGAUAAGGCAAAAGAAAUAUUAGCCAAAGAAUCAAACGUACAGGAAGUAAAAUGCCCUGUAACAGUUUGUGGAGAUGUCCAUGGACAGUUCCACGAUUUGAUGGAAUUGUUCCGAAUAGGUGGAAGGUCGCCAGACACAAACUACCUCUUCAUGGGAGAUUAUGUUGACCGUGGGUAUUAUUCAGUGGAAACUGUUACACUACUAGUUGCAUUGAAGGUUCGUUAUCGGGAAAGAAUAACAAUUUUGCGUGGUAAUCACGAAUCUAGGCAGAUCACACAAGUAUAUGGUUUUUAUGAUGAGUGUCUACGCAAAUAUGGAAAUGCUAAUGUAUGGAAGUUUUUCACUGAUUUAUUUGACUACCUGCCACUGACAGCAUUGGUAGAUGGGCAGAUAUUCUGUCUCCACGGAGGUCUCUCUCCAUCAAUAGACACUCUUGAUCACAUCCGGGCAUUAGAUCGCCUUCAAGAAGUACCACAUGAGGGUCCGAUGUGUGAUUUGUUAUGGUCUGAUCCUGAUGAUCGGGGAGGUUGGGGUAUUUCACCCCGUGGUGCUGGUUACACCUUUGGGCAGGAUAUUUCAGAGACAUUUAACCAUUCAAAUGGACUGACCCUUGUGUCAAGAGCACAUCAACUUGUUAUGGAGGGUUACAACUGGUGCCAUGAUCGUAAUGUAGUAACAAUUUUCUCAGCACCCAAUUAUUGCUAUCGCUGUGGAAACCAAGCAGCCAUAAUGGAACUGGAUGAUGCACUGAAAUACUCAUUCCUACAGUUUGACCCAGCUCCACGGCGUGGUGAGCCCCAUGUCACCAGAAGGACUCCAGAUUACUUCUUAUAAAUCAUCAUUGCAGCAAGACCAAGCAGUUGGCAUUUAUCUGCCAGGCUGCCUCAUGUUUACACUAUCCAUGACCCCUUCUGUAGGGGUGUUUUUAGAACUCAGAAUGCCAACAAAAGUUAAUGUGUUGCUAUGUAUUUUUAUGUGAAACAUCUCCCUAGAUGUAGGUGAUCUGGCUCUUUCCACAUGAAUUACAUUAAAAUCUUGUUGUUACAAAAUUUUCUUUCAAUUUAGGAUUAGGUGCUGUGUUCUGUUUUAUGUAAACCGAAUGAACAUGUACUGAAGGUUUACUUGUUCAUAUGACUUAUAAUUUUGUAAUAAUGAGAUUUUAUUGUAUUCACUAGUAAAGGUAAGCAGUUUUUUUAAUGAUCAUGUAAUCACUAAAGCCACAAGGGUGUGAUACAUGAAUGGACCCCCUGUAUUGUAUAAAUUACGGUAAGAAAGCACUAGCCUAUUGGACAUGUAUUGUCUCUGUGCACCAAUUUGCUGAGAAACACUUCUUAAGGAUGCAGCUCAUACAAAUUCCACAUUUUGCAUCCAGCCACAUAAUACAAACUGUAUAAAAAUGUGUGAUAGUAUAAAGCUACAAGAAGUUUUUUCCUUCCCUCAUGUUCCCCAUUUUCACUCCUAAGUAAAUUAUCUUGUAAAGCAGAUUGCUUGUACACUUGUAAUAUUGUGAGUUUGUUUUAGGUCAUGUUAGUAACACUGAGGUAUCUGCUGCAUUUGAUCACAUGCUAAUGUUGCCUGUGGCUGGGCACACUGCAGUUAUGAUUUGCCCAACAAAUUAUAACAAAGAAAAUACUAGUUAUAGAUAUUUUUUGUCAUUGGUCUUUCUUUUCUACAGACGUUCCAUGUCUAUGAUUGUCUUGUAUAUUAAAGUGACUUUAUACAGUAUAUGAUUAGUUCUUAGACCAUUUCAGAGUUUAACAUUUUCAUUUCGUUUUAAAAUAUUCAUAUGAAUGCAGAAUAUAUGUUUCUAUUUGAAAUGGUUUUUUGAAUGUUGAUGGAUUUGGACAUAGUCAGUCAGUAGUUGAAAUUAUAGAAUUUGUAAUUGUUUUCAAUUUGUGUUGAUUACUGUUGGCUUUUAUUUAAUAUAAUGAAAUAAUAAUGGCAGUUUUUACAUGAAUUGGUUGUUACUGUUUAUGUCCAAAUUCUUUGCUAGAAUCCCUUCUUCCUUGAAUCCUGAUAAUUGUUGAGCUGGUAAGUGAAACUGAUGUACAUUCGAUGCAGAAUAUAUCUUAGUCUGAGCUAUGUCGCAGAAAGAGGGGAAGGGAAGAUGAAGGAUGGAAAGCAAGGGGGAGUACAAUGUAGGACUGUGUUCAUUCUGUAUGCACUAAUUGCACUAUUGCUUGGCCAUCUUAUCCACCCUACUUGUACCUCAGCUGACAGGCCAACUCAUGUGUGUUUUUGUAAGUCAAUGAAGCUUGGAGAUACUGUGUUACAUUUGUAGAAUUGCCUGAUAAGAAUCAAUAAAUACAUAAGUCCUGAUUAA